UUGAUAAGUCAGUCGCGGUGCACGGACGCAAGAUGACUUUCAAGUGGUUAUUAUUCGCUUUUAUCAUAAAAUUAACUAAUGGGUUAGUUCAAGUACCAAAGCUGAAACUAAAUGAUGGCCACGAAAUGCCUGCCAUUGCACUUGGUACCUGGCUGGGGUUCAGCUCAAACGGACCAAAGUCCAAUGAAGUGGAACAAGCAGUGCGUUGGGCACUGGACGCUGGAUACACUCACAUCGAUACCGCUUGGAUAUAUAAAAUUGAAGACCAGGUCGGGAGAGGGCUGAAGGGAGUGCCUAGGGAAAACGUGUUUGUGACUUCCAAACUAUGGAAUACCUUCCACGCUAAAGAAGCAGUGGUUCCAGCCCUGCGUGAAUCUCUACGCAGCUUGCAGCUGGACUACGUCGACCUCUAUCUCAUCCAUUGGCCUCUUGGAGAGUUUGCCAAUUCAUCAUAUGAUUCAACUGAUUAUUUGGAGACAUGGCAAGGCAUGAUAGAAGCGAAGAAACUUGGUCUUACCAAGUCGAUUGGUCUUUCAAACUUUAAUCAGAAGAUGAUCGAAAGAAUUAUAGAGAACGGAUUGGAGAAACCUGCUGCUCUGCAAGUCGAGCUGAACCUCAAUCUCCAACAACCAGAGCUCGUGGCCUUUUGCAAGUCCCAGGACAUAGCAGUCAUGGCGUACACGCCAUUCGGUUCGCUCUUCUACUCCAAGGCGGCACCCGACGCUCCACCUCCGAGGGUGGAUGACCCAGCGCUGGUCAAAAUCUCUGAGAAGUACAAUAAGACAGUGCCGCAGAUUGUAUUAAGAUAUUUGGUUGAACUCGGUGUGGUCCCUCUACCAAAAUCGCUAACAAAAAGCCGUAUUGAGGAGAACAUCAACAUUUUCGACUUUCAACUGACCGAGGAUGAGAAGAAACUUUUGAAAACCUUCGACAAGGGCUACCGUGUCAUCCCUCAGUACAAAUGGCAGGACCACCCUUACUACCCCUUCGAAAAGAAAGUGAAUGAAUAAGUUCGUGAUCAUUAAAUCAUUUUGUAGCGACAUCUAUCGCGCAAUAUACUAAUUUUUUCGAUUUUCUCUAGUUUGUAUGCCGCUAGAUAGAUGUCGCUACAAUUUUAUUGAUAAAAGAUGUUCUUUCAUUUAUCCUUACUAAUAUCGUAAAAUAAAAAUAUUAAUUCGU